CGAAGAAGAGAGCGCAUUCACGAGCGCAUUGCAUCCAUCCGCGCGUAGUUACCGAUAGUCCUGCCGUGCUUUGAUUGCUUUGAUUCCUGUUGGUAUAGCGACUUCACCGCGACCGUUCGUCCGAGAGGUCCCUCAAAGGCGUGACGCCGGCGUCAGACGCUAAGCUAACCCGCAAGCCGAGAUGGUCAGCAGCCGUCUGGCGAACCGCCUCGGCGUCGCCGGCGGGCCAAGGCGCCGUCCGGUGACAGACGCUCGCGAGGUUCUCAAUGCACGGGCGGGUCGUGUUGCAGCCGCCCCUACCUUGGCAGCACGCCGUCUCGGCAUGACCUCGCGUGGCGUCACCUCGCGUGGCGGUAUGGCCGUGCGUGGCAUGGCGGCGCGUGGAAUGGUUGCACGUGGCAUAGUUGCACGUGGCAUCGUCAAGACAGGUAUUCGUACAGCUGGGGGUGGCCUUCGCCUCAACACCAUGCGAAGUGAUCUCAUUGCCAGCGGCAGUGGGCUUCGCAGCGACCGUAUUCUGGCGGCCAGCCGCAACCUUGUCGCACAGACACGGGCAUCGCCGAGGUUCCAGAUGAGGAAUCUGAGACAGCCAGCACAGGUUGCCGGAGCGGGAUUGGUUAACCAGAGGCGGGGCCUCAUCAGUGGCACCAGGCGACUUGCGGCUAUGCAGCAAAUACAAGCCGCCCAGGGGGACAUAGACGAACGUAUCCCGUUGGCCCGGAACAAACGGAUCCAGGUGAACCCGCACGGCAUUUCAGUGACCACGGCCAACCCAUUUGUGUCGCCCCAGCAGGGCCUGUUCGGGGGGCGUGCGAGCCUGUUGGAGGAAGAGGACGACGACCUCGAGCGGCUCACCCUGGACAACAUCCUCGGGAGGUCGCCUUACCGAGCUGCCACGAUGGCUGCAGCGGCGGCCACGGCUGCAUCGCUCGGAAGGUCGCCGAGGGCAACGUCUUCGUUGAGCCGAAUCCAGCAUCGACUCGACGGCGGAGGGCUGGCGUCACCAACGGCUCGUUCACCGUCAGACCCGCUGCCCGGGUGCUCGGUGCUUGUAGCCAACCUUCACCCUCAGGUCACCGAGAGUGACAUUCGGGACUUGUUCCAGUACAUUGGUCCCAUGCACGAUGCCCGGAUGGUGGCAGUUGGGACAGCCUUGGCCACCUUUCACCGCCAGUCCGACGCCAAGAAGGCAUUCAAGGCCUACAACGGCAGAAUGCUGGAUGGUCAGCCAAUGAACCUGACUGUGCUGACGCUGGACGUCUUGCAGUCCAACCAGAGGUGAUGGGCCGGGCCUGAGCCGGAAGAAAUGUCAUCAGAGGACAAAAGCCGCGCAAGGCCGGCCCCUCAGUUGCCAGUGGCACCGUUCAUUCUGUUCCAUAUUCAGCCCUCUAACCUCCCUGUCAGAGUUUCUUUGAAGAUGCAAGACCCCUCCACACGAGUUGAUUAGUUCAAUUCUUUGGUAACCAUAUUAGCUUUUGCUCCCCCCCCCCUUCCCUCGCUCCUUUUUUUCUGUUGAUAUUUCACUUUCUGAUGGUGUUCAUAGUGCACUCGUACACUACGAAUAAAAGAGUGCGUCGAUAAGCAAGGGUGUAAAAGUGCCAACUUCCGACUUAAUUUUAAACUGCUUGGACGCGUUUUAAACCAGUUUUAAGACUUGUUGGAAGUUGGCACCCUUUCAUUCUUCCUGCCUCCCUCGUUCUUUUUACAUAUUUUAUUCGUGGUAUGCGUGCGCUGUGGACAGCGCCAAAAUGCAAUAUCACUGACCCACCCCAGUUUCAACCCUUGCCGCUAUAUUUCGCACUUCGAACCAGGGUGCUUGCGUACAAGGACCGAGAUGUGGAAAAUCGGCCGAGGCUCCCGUCGCAUUUCACCUUGGCACCUGGAAAAGACGGCUGGUGAAAUAAAGAGCACAACAUUGA